AAUCAAGCUUGUGUUAAAACCUGGAGUGGGUGAAACGGCUAUGCAAUAGGAGUCUUGUUUCCAGCCUUGAGAAUAUACUGUACUCCGUAUUUUUUUUUAUAUACGGCUCUGUGUAACAAACAAAAUAAAAUCCACACAUUUUGGUCAGCGGCUCCUUUAAUUUUUUUCUUUGGUUUCCUCUGACACAGGGGUAGUGACUGACAUCCAUGUACCCAAGCCUGUACAGUGCAUUCAAACUGAAAUGGCUUUACUGUCUGAUCGCUGCUACCUGGGAUUUGAUUUCAGCACCCAACAGCUGAAAGUGGUUGCUGUUGAUGACAACCUGACCGCUGUUCAUCAGAAUGCAGUGCAGUUUGACACAGAGCUUCCUGAAUACAGGACCCAGGGCGGUGUUCAUGUCCACAGUGACCGGUUAACUGUAACCUCCCCUGUACUGAUGUGGGUCAAGGCUCUUGAUGUGAUCCUGGGUAAGAUGAAGGCCUCUGGGUUUGAUUUCUCUUGUGUGAAAGCCUUGUCAGGGAGUGGGCAGCAGCAUGGCAGUGUGUAUUGGAAAGAAGGCUCCCGUCAGAUCCUCCAGAACAUGUCACCUGAUAAGCCUCUGCAUGGGAUACUGGAGUCUUGCUUUGCAGUGACAGACAGCCCUGUCUGGAUGGACUCCAGCACCACUGAGCAAUGCCAGCACCUGGAGCAGGAGCUCGGGGGGGCACAGCGGCUUGCUGAUAUAACAGGGUCUCGGGCAUAUGAGAGAUUCACUGGAAAUCAGAUUGCAAAGAUUUGGAAGACAAAUCCUGGACACUACAAACAAACUGAGAGAAUAUCCCUGGUCAGUAGCUUUGCUGCUUCCCUCUUCCUUGGGGACUAUGCUGCUAUAGAUUACAGUGAUGGCUCUGGGAUGAAUUUAAUGGACAUCUCUAAGAAAGAGUGGGCACAGGACUGCCUGACAGCCGUGGCACCUGGGCUGGGAGGGAAGCUGGGGAGCCCACUGCCUUCAGUGGCAGUUCUGGGUUCUGUGUCGUCAUACUAUGUCCAGCGCUAUGGCUUCUCGCCUGACUGUAAAGUGAUAGCUUUCACAGGGGACAACCCAGGGUCCUUGGCAGGGAUGAGACUCCAGGAAGGAGACAUUGCAAUCAGUCUUGGUACCAGUGACACAGUCUUCCUAUGGAUUCAGGACCCCAGACCCACAGUGGAAGGACAUAUCUUUUGCAAUCCAGUUGAUAGCCAGGCCUACAUGGCAUUGAUAUGUUUUAAAAAUGGCUCCUUUACCAGAGAGAGAAUCAGGGAGGAAUGUGCAGGAGGCUCAUGGGAAGAGUUUUCAAAAGCUCUGAAGGCCACACCUGUUGGGAAUAACGGCAACAUAGGAAUAUAUUUUGAUGUAAUGGAGAUUACCCCGGCAGCCGUGGGGGUUCACAGAGUUAAUGGGGAAAACGACAAGGUGGCAGGCUUCCCGGAGGAGGUUGAGGUCAGGGCUCUAAUUGAGGGACAGUUCCUGGCAAAGAGAGCUCAUGCUGAGAAACUGGGCUAUAAAAUAUUACAAGGAACUAGAGUCUUGGCAACUGGUGGAGCGUCUUCAAACAAGGACAUCCUGCAGGUCCUGGCAGAUGUAUUCAAUGCCCCGGUGUACACAAUUGACACAACUAAUUCAGCCUGUCUGGGAUGUGCGUACAGGGCCAUGCACGGGCUUGUAGCUGAAACGGGGGUUUGCUUUGCUGAAGCUGUACGAAUGGCACCAGAACCAAAGCUUGCAGUGACACCAACACCAGGAGCAGAGAAGGUUUAUGAGCGACUGCUGAAGAGGUACACAGAACAGGAGCAGAUAGCAUUCCUCUGAAUCGAAGCCAUGAAUAACCCAGUCUAACAGCCUUCCAGCUGCGUUUUCUGCUUAAAAAGAUACUGAUUUGCAUUCAUUGUGAAAUGACAGAAGGUCACAAGGUAGCACUGUUGCAUUACAGAGUGUUAUGCGAAUGAGGGAUAAGAGUUACAAGAAAUAAAUGUCUACAAUUAUUUACUUCAGCUUUUUUUUUUUGGAGAGAUUUUUUUUCAAUGGAGAGAUUUGGAGCACAGAAUUUAGGUGGGGUAUUUUGGAAUGCAGGGUCUGUCUCAAUAAAUUGCAGAUUGACUAAAGGGAGAGAAAAUAUGACCAUUUAUGGGCAUUUGUGAAGGGUGUCCUUGGUUCUGCUCUGCUUGGUUUCAUGGGGGGAUCAGAGAAUCUCAGAAAUAACAAGAUGCAAAGGAAUGUUUGCGAGGCUUGGAAAUUUGCCAUGUACCCAGGUACAGUGGGGAGGGGUCUUAAAUGAUGUCCUUAUAGGGGCGUGUGGUUCUAUAUUAUUCAAAAGUGAUUGCAGCCGUUUUUCUGUGGCACAGAUUUCAUCUGCUGUGACCCAGAGCAUUUGACUCUGCUUUCUUCAAAUAGUUAUAUUCUUGUAUUUCAGCAAUAAACAUAUUUUUGACUUCA